CACUUUAUUUUUACUUAGCUUAAUUAUAUAUUAUUAGCACAGUCACAGUAGUUAUAUUAUUGAAGUCAAAUGUAAUUACAAUACCACUGCAUAUUCACACACCUAUACACACAACUCUCUCGGAUCUCCGGUCAUGAGUUCUCCGGCGCUUACAGGAGGCACAAAUGCGUUUAGUGGAUUUACUAGGCUGUGUAAAGGGCUUGCUGUAGUGCUUGUUGCUGGUCACAUUGUUGUCCAGAUUCUUCCGGCUUCGGUUACGUAUCUCGCACUCAUUCCUGCCAGGACUAUACCUUUUGGUUGGAACCUCAUAACAGCUGGUUACAUUGAACAAUCAGUAUAUGGGGUAGUUAUUAGCACACUUGGGCUUCUGUUAAUCGGGAAAGUGCUUGAACCUAUUUGGGGUACUAGGGAGUUCUUGAAGUUCAUCUCUGUUGUUAACUUCUUGACAUCCGUAUGCGUUUUCGUUACAGCUGUAUUUUUGUACUACGUAACGAUGAAGGAGACUUACCUUUACAUGCCUAUUUCGGGUUUCCAUGGGGUUCUAUCAGGUUUCUUAGUUGGCUUGAAGCAGAUAAUACCUGAUCAAGAGCUGUCUUUGUUAAAAAUUAAAGCAAAGUGGUUGCCAUCACUUGCCCUGGUGCUAUCUACUGCCUUGAGCUUCUUUACAGCGGAGUCUGCAAUCUACUUACCGACCCUGAUACUUGGUACGUACAUAAGCUGGAUCUACCUCAGAUACUGGCAGAAGAAACCAGAAACAAAACUUAGAGGUGAUCCAAGUGAUGAAUUUGCGUUCUCCACUUUCUUUCCUGAACCUCUGAGACCAGUCAUUGACCCUGUUGCUUCAGUAUUUGACCGGAUGCUUUGCAGAAGACCUGCAACUUCUGAUGAAGACAGCGGCUUUAUACUGGGUGGUUCUUCUCUGCCUGGUUCUGAUCCCAUUGAGGCAUCUAGGAGAAGGGAAAGGGGUGCGAGAGCAUUGGAAGAGCGUUUGGCAGCUGAGAGGCUAGCCUCUGUUGCAAGCACUGAAGAAAAGCAUAGAGAUGCCGCUGAUAAUGUUUAGAGCAGAGAUAAUCUUUUGAACAUAGAUCCUGAAGGCGAAUCUGUUAUGCAUUUUGACCUUGUUUCUCCGUACUGGGUCCAGAUGAGAACAAAAGCAAAUAUAUAUAUAUGUUUAUUUUUUGUACUUAUGCCAUCGUUUCCAAAACAAAACAGCAACACAGAAUUGUGUUUCAAGAAGUGAGAAAUGUCAUAUAUGUAUAUCGGCAAAGUGAUCUUUUCUAAACUGAAUAUAGAGCAGAACCUAUUUCUUUGACGUUGUAUGUGAAUUGUGAUUUUAGUUGCUUAUUUCUGAGAUUAUCAAUAUACUUUAGAAGUUGGAAAA